AUGUCGUCUGGAACGAUGCGGGAGCGCGUCGAGAUCAGCCUCAACGAGCACCGCUUCCUCACGUACAAGCUCCUCGAAUCGCUUUCCCACACGAGCGCCAAUGUGAACCCUGCCAUGCUACGUUCGACGAACGACUACUUUGAUUUGGUUGUGGCCAAGGACAAGCAGCUCCUCAACACGGUCAAGCAGCUGAACCAGCAUCAAUCCGCACAGAAGGAACUGGACGCGCUCAAAGCACAGAUUGCCGACAAAGAACAAAAGAUCGUGCGAUAUGCCAAGGAGCUUCGAUCCGGGCAACAGUCCAUCGCGAGCGCUUUGGCCAAGCAUCGACGGACAUUGGAGCAGUGCCACCAGGACUCCUCGUCGAAAGUCGUGUUGGAUCCGUUAGAGGUCGUGGCAUAUGCACACAAGAUCGCCGGUUCAACGAGCGCGCCGCCCAACUGGAAGCCAGAGUAUCCCAUGUUUGGCUUUGUCCCGCCGGCUCCAACGCCCGAAAUGAUGCGAGCUGGCGUCCUCAGCCGCGGCAUUAUCGAAGCGACAGUGACGAAAGAGUCGCAGUACGACUCGUUCAAGAAGGGCCAACAAGGCGGGUUGGCGAGCCCGUUGGUCGAACGCGGUAUAUCAGGAGCGAUCGCUUACACCGGCUUGGGCGGCGCCACCGGAGAUACGAACGCCAUCCUACCAGGCUGGCGAGACGGCGACGUCGAGCUGUCGGUAGAGGCUCUGGUCAAGUUGCGCGGCCCCACCGUGUUUGCCGAAUUCGACAUUGCGCUGCCCGGUCAUUUGCGACCGAACGACCCGAUUCCCUCCGACAUUUUGGACGCGCUUCGCGUCAAGCUGGACGCACAAAAGAAGCGCAAAGCUGAGAGGGAGGCCGACAGCCCCGACGCCAAAAAGGCCAAGGAAGUGGACAGCAGCUCGAGCUCGAGCGACAACGAUGGUGGCUCUGACUCGUCCGACGAAGAGAGCGAAGCGGACAAAGUGCAAACGAUUCAAUGGUCCCUAUCGGACGACGAAGACGACAGCGACUAG